AAUUGUGUUGUCACUGAGAAGAGCACUGGAACAGGCUGCCCAGGGAGGUUGUGGAGUCUCCUUCUCUGGAGACAUUCAAAACCCGCCUGGACAUGUUCCUGUGCGACCUCACCUAGGUGUUCCUGCUCCAGCAGGGGGAUUGGACUAGAUGAUCUUUUGAGGUCCCUUCCAAUCCCAAACACACUGUGAUACUGUGAUACUGUGAAGAGCCUGGCUCCAUCCUCGUGACACUCACCCUCUAUAUAUUUGUAAACAUUCAUAAGGUAACCCCUUAGUCUCCUCUUCUCCAAGCUAAAGAGACCCAGCUCCCUCAGCCUUUCCUCAUAAGGGAGAUGCUUCACUCCCUUCAUCAUCUUUGUUGCCCUGUGCUGGACUCUCUCCAGCAGUUCACUGUCCCUCUUGAACUGAAGAGCUUGAAGUGAAGUAGCAUUCUGGAAACCCCUUAACACCCUCAUCACUCUUUUCUGCUGUGUUCAGAGGAGCAUGAGACCUACACUCCCAGAGCACAGCCAGAACUUCAAGCACAGACUGUGACUUUCCUCGGCCCUUAGCCAGAUGGAGAUGGUCUAAUCAGGAAUAAAAAGGGACAAUUUUUAUUUGUUCACCUUUGGAAAACAUUUUAAUAGCUACUGUAAUGAAUUUCUACCCAUUAGCUGCAUAUCAAUUAUUCAUUAUUUUCAUUAAGGAAAACAAAGACAGGAUAGGCUCAUGUGGAUGAAAGAAAUCUGUAAUGUUCUCUCUCUCCCUCUCCCCAUGCCCCCCACCUGCCCCUCAUACGUUCUAACUUUGAGAUUCUUCUUAAUCCAUAUAUACUUGAAUUAGGAAAACAUACGGUUUUUAUUAUCAUAAAACUUUAGGCUUUUUUUUCCCCUACUGAUUUUUCAUAGAUUUAUGGAUCCAUAAUCAUUCACGUCACAGCCUGAGGGAGAUGAGGCUGGAACAGGAUAAUAGCCCUUAAAUCCCCUUCUCUAAGCACUCAGAUCUUCCCUGUCAGCAAGAUUAAAACGGGCAACAGCAGUCUUCAUGUGUCUAUAUCCCACACAGAGCUUUCACAACAACUGGAGUGGUGGCUGGCAGGGAGAAAAAUGCAGAACCUCUGCUGUGCGUGAUACUACUGAGAUAAAGAGAGAAGAAAACAGGAUUGUCAGCCUUUGUAGUGUUGGAAAGGACUGUGCCAGUUCCUUGAUCAGGUGAAUGCAAAGAAGGGACAAGAGUAAGGAAAAAUAGUAUGUUGCAGUUUAACAUGCAGCGACAGUUUCCUUUCCUAAAACAUAAAGGCAGAGAAAGACAAGGACCAAAUGUCCUCUUGCAGACCGACAAGGGGAAGGAUACGGAAGGCAUGCGUGUAGACAAGCAGAGUGUCUUUUCUGCUCCUGCUCCAUUGAACUCCCAGCCCCUACUGCUCCUGGGACCUGAAGGGAAUUACAACUAUUAUGUGGAUGAUGAAGAUGAGGAAGACGAAGAAAAAGAACAAGGAAAAUGGCCAAGCGGAGACGCUUUAGAGGGAGAAAACAAGCCCUCCUCAUCCAUUCCUUGCUCCCCUGCCCUUUCUCCUGGAAGCCCAGCCAAAGCUUACACUUCAUCCGUGUUGAACAUCAAUGUCGGCGGCCAAAGCUAUCGCCUCACCUACCAGGCAGUGGCCAUCUAUCCCAAGACUCGCCUGGGCCGCCUGGCUACCUCCACUGACCGUCGCUGCCAGCUGGGCCUGUGUGAUGACUACGCUGCCCAGGUAGACGAGUAUUUCUUUGAUCGGGACCCAGCCGUCUUCCAGCUCGUGUACAACUUCUAUGCCUCAGGGGUGCUGCGUGUGCGGGAUGAGCUGUGCCCCCGCAGCUUCCUGGAGGAGCUGAGCUACUGGGGCGUGCGGCUCAAAUACACACCUCGCUGUUGCCGCAUCUGCUUUGAGGAGCGCCGUGAUGAGCUGAGCGAGCAGCUGAAGGUCCAGCGUGAGCUGCGCUCCCAGGCAGAAGCUCAGGAGAACGAGCAGCUCUUCCACCACAUGCGCUACUAUGGUCCCCAGCGCUGGCGCCUCUGGAACCUCAUGGAGAAGCCUUUCUCCUCUGUCACUGCCAAAGUGAUGGCGGUGGCCUCCAGCUUCUUUGUGCUCAUCUCUGUGGUGGCCCUGGCACUCAAUACAGUGGAGGAGAUGCAGCAGGUAGACCGGAAGAGUGGGGAGAGCCGGCCUGUCUUGGAGCACAUUGAGACCCUGUGCAUAGCGUUCUUCACACUGGAGUACCUGCUGCGCCUGGUUUCUACCCCAGACCUGCGCCGCUUUGCCAGCAGCGCCCUCAAUGCAGUAGACCUCAUUGCCAUCCUGCCCCUCUACCUGCAGCUGCUACUUGAAUGCUUUGCUGAUGAUGACCAGCCCCGAGGUCGGGGCUCUCAGCAUGAGCACGAUAUCGAGAAGGUGGGACGGGUGGGCAAGGUAGGACAAGUUCUUCGCAUCAUGCGUCUCAUGCGCAUCUUCCGCAUCCUCAAGCUGGCCCGCCACUCCACAGGGCUGCGUGCCUUUGGCUUUACUUUGCGCCAGUGCUACCAGCAGGUGGGCUGCCUUUUACUCUUCAUUGCCAUGGGCAUCUUCGCCUUCUCUGCCAUGGUCUACACCGUGGAGCACGAUGUCUCCAGUACCAACUUCACCAGCAUCCCUCAUGCUUGGUGGUGGGCUGCCGUCAGCAUCUCCACAGUGGGAUACGGAGACAUGUGUCCAGAAACUCACCUUGGCCGCCUGUUUGCUUUCCUCUGUAUCGCGUUUGGAAUAAUCCUGAAUGGCAUGCCCAUCUCCAUUCUCUACAACAAAUUCUCAGAUUAUUACAGCAAGCUGAAGGCCUACGAGUACACAGCUCUCAAGAAAGAAAGGGGAAAGGUGGAGUUUACACGGAGAGCCAUAAAGAAAUUGUCCGAAUGCUGUGGAGAACAUGUAACACACCAUUUGUCACACCACUGAUAUGAUUUGUGGCUUGGAUGUUGUGAGGGAACAGAGGAGAUGAAUGAUGAAGAGAAACAGAUCAGCCAGGCUGACUGAAGAUAAACUGAGAAGGCCAAAAGUAACAAAAGUAGAUGGUGAGAUCUGUUUUAAAGGGGAUUUUUUUUUGUUGUUUUUGUUUUAGGUUUUUUUUUGUUUUUUUUUUUUGUUUUUUUUUUAAGGCUUAGGUUACAACAUAGAACAACAGAUUAUUUUUCUUGGCUUUUUUUUGGCCGUAAACAGCACUUAAGCACUCCUCAACUGAAUGACACUCUUGAGAUUAACCACCCAGCAACUCUGAAUUAGACCCACAUGAAAAUGUAAGCCCCUGCUACUGAUUAGACCCACAAUAAUCAAACAAAAGGAAAACAAAUUGCUGCCAUUAAGGGUCAGCCACCUUGCUGCUGUCAGUGCAGUCUCAAAAAUUAAACAAAUAGAAUACUCAAUAUAUUGACUGCAUUGCUGAAAUUGUUUUUCCACCAGCUUUCAAAAACAGGAAAACAGCCCAGAGCAUUUACCUUAAUAUUAGCAGAAUCUAUACUCCUUAAGCUUUCAGCUUCUCUUUCCACUGUCAGAUAGCUAUGCUUCACAGUUCUAUUUUUAUUUUCCAAAUGCAGCCCUGAAAAUUAUUCCUGUUUUCAUACCUAGGCAAGCAACACACUGCUUUUAGUAUUUCCCCCACACACACCUCCAUUAUCAUCUUUCAUUAUGCCAAGAACAAGGGAAUAAGUCUGGAGGCUGAGUUGAUAAAUGUCACUGAUCAAUUUUGAAAACAUUUCCAAACCAAAACCUUUGUUAGAUAUAGGAUUAAGUGAUAAACUAAAUUUCUUUUGCAGCAUUUAAUGUAUCUACUUAUUGGAUAGUUAGAAUAAUAACAGGCAUAUCACAGGAUAUAAAUGUUAGAGCAGCAUUUAAAAAAAUCAAAUGAAACAUGUAACGGAUAAUAUCUCCUAAAGACUUUUUAUACAAAGGAUCUUAUCAGCAUUUAUCUGUAACCAAUUUUAAAUAUAAUUUAAAGUUAGGAUACUUUUCCGGUACACACAGUCACUGAGGACGCAAUUCUGACACUGCAGCCCACACCAUGAGUACCUUAAUUCCUUGGAUUAUUAAGCCUUCCUGCACAGCUGGAUGCAAUUUCUCACACAUCAGAAAUUCAACCCCAAAACCUAUGUAACAAAUAACAACAACAAUUAAAGGGAAUCAGAGUUGCAGGAUCAGUUUCACGGCAUAUCAGCAACAGUCAUACCAGUUUAGAAAUACUGACCUGAAUAACGUAUCUGAAAGAAAGGUUCUUUUAUUGAUACGCAGAUACAGAUAGAAUUUUUUAAGUGGUAACAAAAAGAACCAAUGGUAACCAUCACUCAUAUGACCCAUGGCUGAUAGUCAGCAGCAUUCUUGCUGCAAGAAAGCCUGAUGGCAGGGAUGCAUAUUAAAAUUAUUGAACUCUCAUGUUGUCUGUGCUGCCCUGCAGAAUGCAAAUGGCUGCAUUCAAAUCUCAGAGCCACACUGGAGACAAUAGUGUGAAGCUUACUCUUUGGACAGCUGAGGGUGAUAAAGUUCAUUAAUUUUGCCAUGUCCAUGCAAAUUGUGUCAAGCACAGGGACAUUUGUCCUUUCAAUGGUGAGAAGAUAAUUAGUAACCAAGUUGCUCUUCUCAUUCUCUACCUCCAGACAAACGUAUCAUAAGCCCAUCUGUCAUUUUGUUCUUUAGGAAUGACAGUCAGCACAUUGUGUGCUGAUCAGCUCUGUUAAAAGCUAAACCAUGUCUUUAAGGCACAGCUGAGCCCUGGGAGUUGAAUGUGAUAGAUGUUUGCUGUUCAGGACUGCACACAAAGCAGCAGGCGCAAUCCUGGCACUCACUGAGAAGAAUAGCUGCUUUACUUUGGCUCUAGGGAUGGUUUGAAUUUGCAUGGCCCUUCUGCACAGCAACAACAGGAUGAGGAGCUUUCUGAAGCCGCAGGAAGCCUCUCUGUUAGGCCCCCACUGCAGUGAGGUGAGGUGGCAGGUUACAAGCAUGCAAAAGCACAAUUGUGUGUUAUUUUCAACAUGCAGCUUGGGUUAGAUUCAUUUAAAGGACUUAAACGUCGGUGAUUACUCAACUUUUCAAGUUAUGUGGCACCCUAAAUUAAUUUCCUUGUCUGGAGGAAACAGUGCUUGCGUGUACCACACAGAUGGGAUGCAGAUGCUCAGGCUUGCCUGGCAAGAUCAGCAGCUUCUUGCCACCUGGAGAAAUCCAGAGCCUGAGCAUUUCCUCUGCUGAGGCUGGACUUCCUCAUAGCCUCCGACUUGACACAAACCACCGGCCUCAUUUUCCACCCCAUUUCCCUGACAUGCAGGACCCACUGAAGUAGAUGUUCUUCCAGACAUAUAAGACUUUCCACCCAAAACAUGAGCAGGAGGAAAAGGACUGUUUCUAUUAACCAGGAGUCAGAAUUGAAUGCUCUCAGCAAGUGCUUUCUUAUCUCUCCAACGAGACUUUAAUGCACAAGUCCCAUAGUUCUGCUCUAACCAUUCAAAUACAGCUUGGAGUGCGUCUCUCCCACCCCUCUAACUGAAGUUGUUCCACUUUGCACCAAGUAACAAUAACAACCCACCAGUGACAGAGAAAGAUUAUACAGCUUGGUGUUUGUAGCACUCAGCUGGGGGAAAACCUGAGGGUCACAGUCCCCUCUUCAAUAAAGAGCUCUGAAUACACCCUGACCAAACACUCACUCUCCCCUGGCCCAAGCAAUCUUUGGAUGAAUGAUUUAGACCGGGAAGACUCCAGAGUCAGUCCCUGGCACCGUGCUGCCACAGAAAGGCAAGACUCUUACUUAGAGAACCCUGCAGGGUAAUGGCCAUGGGCCAAAACACUUCCCAAUACGGAUGAGGAGAAGAAGACAUUGUAACCAGUACCACCAGGUCCCAUCUGGGUACUGUGAACACCAAGGCCAUCAUACCUCACGCAGCUCAGCUCAGCAGCUGCCUCACUGUCUUUCUCAGUGCACUUUGCCCCUCAUCCCUCUGCUGUCCAGUCCAACCAUCUUGCUGAUGGCAGCUUUGGUACCUUUUUGAUUCUUCUGUGCUCUGACUCAACACACAAAUGUGACAGUUUUGGGGAUCCUUGGUUGUUUCUUGACCUAGCUCUUGACAAGUGCUAGAGCUGACUCAGGAUCCAUGGUAGCAGCAUGCAGUCUGGAAGACAGACCUCUGGCAACUGCCUCAUGAAAAAUAAGCAGAAAGCUACAAAAAGCUGCUGUUUUUCUGCUUUGUACUCCCUGGCUCACGUGCUCUGCUGCAUUCAGCAGUUAAAUAGGUCCCUAGUGGAGUAAGGCAUUUUUCAGCGAACUGAAAGUUGGUUUUUUUUUUGUUUGGUUGUUGGUGGUGGUUGUGGUUGUUUAUUUGUUUCAAUCAAAGACUCAUCAUUUUACUUCCUGGAUUACCUUAUGAAGCUUUCUGCCUCGUAGUUUAACUAAUCUUAUUUUAGGGGUGACAAGCUUAAGUCUGUGCAUUUCAACAGGAAAGAGUAUGCACAAAGUCGACAUACCACUAUACCAGCCAGACGUUCUGAAUGCCCAGAGGUCUGACAGUACCAGCCUUUUCUGUGGAUGGAUACUAGCAAGGUCCUCCCACAAGGUUGUCUCCUCCCAUGAGAGCCUGUGUGAGGCUGGAGGACCUCUAGCCAGCUAAGAGGAAGGAAGCUCAUAUGAUGAUACCCAAAACUAACGCAGAAGAGCCUUGGUUAUCUUGGUUACUUGAUUGCCACAGGGCUUUGACAAUCAAAAGAUUUCAAAAUAACCACAUCAAGGGAAAAUGUGCCUGCAUACAGCAAAGAUGGGCAAUAGUAAUAAAGCUAAAGUAGAUAUGGCUUGUUUUAUGAGGUAUUAAUUUGGCAUAGCUAAGUUAUUGGGGAAACAGGGUGGAGGAUUCUCAAGCCACUGAGAAAUUAAACUUCUCUGAAUGUGAUCGUGCUGAGGACUUCUUUUUUUAACUGAUUGCUGAUAUUAAUGAGCCCCAGAGGGAGAAGUGAAGUAUAUUCUCUAAUUAUGUUUCACUACAGACUUAGCAAAUAUGUUGUCUUUGGUAGACAAAAACCAGUCAGUUUAUGUGGAUGGCCUGGCUUCAUUAUAGGACAACUAGGUGUUGUUUCUUCUAUUCAUUUCAGGCCUAGGAACUAUAGAGAAAAGAAAAAAAAUAAAAAGGAGAAAAAAAAAUAAGAGUGGGCUUGGUAGAAAUUUAAAGAGCCUGUCCCUACAUGAGGCAGUGGAAAGAAUUCCAAUUAGAAUAUAUGCUUACACAAAUCCUUGUCUUAGAAGAACAUCGCUUUUUCAAUGCAAUUUAGCAGCUGUUUGCUUUCCUCAUUCAGAAAGAUAGCACUUAAAGGGGUCGCUACAGUACAGCCACAGAUUAACAGGCAUCUGGUGCUAUUCCCAGGCUUCUAAGGUAAAGCGCAAAAUUCUGUCUUUAAAUACGCAUAAUUUUGGGGAUUAUAAACUAGGUAUACUUCAAUGUUUUAGGAGAAAAAUAAUUACUAUCUGCAAGGCUAGGAAGGAAAAAUGGUUUCCUUGCUUAAAAAAUAGCUUCAACUGUUUAGCAUGUUCUGUUUUUAUGUUAUGUAAAAAUAUUUGAUUCAUGCUUAUCCGCUAUUUACGAAACCUUUAUUAACUUCUUUAUUCAGUAGUAGAGAAAUUACAUGGCAUUUGACUGUAAUCCAGCUCCUUAUCUUGUGUUGAAAAAGGGAAAGGUCGGAGGUACUAGCUUUUUAUGUACUUAGGUAAUUUAAUGGAAAUAUGCUGAGAAAAAUUAAAGCAUUCUGCAGGUAGCUUCUGAGGUAGAGAUUAUCAAGCUUUUUAAAUAAAACUUGUCAGAGGCUAAUUCUACCCUACAAAAUGACUCCGCACUGUCAUUCUAACUUCUGAAGCAGAUUUGCUCCAUUUAUAAGCAAAAGCAUUUCCUCCUUGCUAAUAACCAGGUGAAAAAGUGCCAUACUUAACAGUCAGUCUUUCACUUCCAGUAGUAACUGUUCUUCAGGCCACCACAUACCCAUGCAGCACUAUUCCCUCCACUGGUUCUGGCACAGGAGAUGCCUGGGAAGCACUUGGGCUGCCAGCUGGCAAAGAGAGGCAGAACCUGCUCUGGCUGCCGAGCUGACAUAGCUCUGCAUGACCAAAAACAGGUAGCACCGUCACUGAAAAUGUCUGUUUUCAAAGGAACUUCUCAAUAUCCAUAUAAGAAGAGCCUUGCUCAAUAGGACAGGUUUUUUUAUAUUACCAGAAACUACAUAUGGAGGCAAAGCCUUGGGCUGCAGAUGAAUGCCAUAGUCCACCCGUAACAUCAAGGCUGGGCUCUGAAGUGAUCAAGUCUUUGUGAUCAAGCCCUGGCAUAAGAUGGAUCGAUACUGACAUCAAAGGGACUCCAUAUUCCUCAAGUCUCCUUCAGCCAAUGCUUGAGGGUCAGACUGGUCUGACUUCCAAAUACUUUAACAUCCAAAUAUUUCAUUUGGAUAAGCAAACAGAAAAAAAAAAAAAAAAAGUUCCAGAAAUUCAGGAAAAUUCAGGCAAUCACACACAGGUUGCGACAGCACGUCCUGCUGUGAUGGGGGACCACAACACCUCGUGAGGAAGAAGUGGGUCUCCUUGGGGAAAGUACAGUCCCUUUCAUGCAAAAUUGUUCAGUGCUGCCGCCCAGAGGUUACAGGCUGCCAGGUUGUUAUUUUCCUUAAAAAAAGAAUAAAUCUAAUGGCUGCUACCUGCUGUUGGCUGGCUCUGCUCUGCUGCAUCUUCCUCAGGUACAGUCUACCGAAAGCCUGGAGUCCUGUCAGCAAGAGUGUUCACAAUAACGUAAAACUUAAUCUAUAUUGCAAAGUCUAUAUUAUCAUCACUGUGAACUAAAUGAAUCUUCAAUCUAAUGCUGCAUUAAUUACACUGGAGAUUCAUUUCCCCAUUCCUUCUGUUCUAGGCAGAUCUGGAUGACACCAGGAUAUGUUUAAUACUCAGUUUGCAUAUUUCUAGAACAGUUUAAAAAACAAAAUUAUCAUCACUUAACACCAGAAAAUUAGCCAGGGAACACCAAAGGUCAAGGUAAAGUUACUUUAACAAUAGGUUGAAUUGAUUGUUUUAGAUAAAUAGGGAGUAUUGUCCAGGUUUUUAUUGAUGGGAUUUAACAGAAGCAGUCAAAACACAGGUCUCAACCACCUGUCAUUCCACCUUGUGGUACAGCAGAUUUAAAACAAUACUGAUUUCCUGGAUGUGUUUUUCCAUGCAAUACAAUGUAUGUUCUUCUAAAUCUGCACACACUGAAGAGACAACAGGGCUGUUUUAUACACAGAUUUGAAAUACAAGUUUGAUCAUACAGUUCAAUAAACCUAAAAGAUGAAUUUGAUCCCCUGCAAAGAGAAUGUCUGCUCCUGGCCAGCAUCAGACUUCACGCAACACUGCUGCUUAGCUUGUGCUGUAGUGUUCAAGCAGGUUCCCCUUUGUUCAGUGCAUUUUACCAGCUCACUAACAGAAACUAAUUCAACAAGAUUCUAUGCAGAACACCACACACAAAUCUCUAACAGGUUUGUGAACUGAACCAGUUUAGUGAAUAGCCUGAGAAAUGCCAGAGCCACCGUAAUGAGAAGGCUGCAGAAUCUUCUGUUCAAAGGCAGAAGGAAAAACACCACUGACUCUCAUUGCAGCAAGCAAGCUGCUGGAUUCAAAAUUGCAUUUAUUAGGCCAGCUGAGGAGCUGGAGAAGAGAGAA